AUGGCUUCUUCGGUUUUGAUUUUGGAGUUCGCAGUGGUUUUCCUCGUUGACAUGAUGGUUCGUGGUUUUGAUUUUUCGUUUUUUGCAUUGAUUCAACCGUUAGGGUUUCUACAAGUUGUUGUUGCUGCUUCCUAUCCGUUCUCUGUUCUGUGUAUUUGGGUCAAUAGAUGUGUGGGAAUUAGUACUAUGGCAACAUCCACCAAGUUUGAUAUAUCUUCUAGCAGCCCAGAUAGACAAUUGUACUCUGGGCAACGUGGAUCCCACAUAGCUCCUUCAUUAGAUAGAUCAGGUAGCUUCCGUGAAAGCAUGGAAAAUCCAAUUCUGUCUUCUCUUCCAAGCAUGUCAAGAAGCAGUUCUGCUGCGACACAAGGGGAUGUGGUGAGCUUCUUCAAUUGUGUGCGUUUUAAUCUAAAGUUGGUGGCUCCAGAGCAUAAGUCUAAUCGUCAAACAGAUUAUAAACGACUUGUCAGUGCUGCUCUUGGAAUUUCUUCUGAUGAAUCUCCAUCUAGUUCUGCCAAAGGCAAGCAACUAUCAUCCCUAGCACCAGAAGAUAUCAAACGGCUUAGGGAUAGUUUACAUGCAAGUUUUAGGAGGGCAAGGGAUCGUGCUAAAAUGUUUAGCGAAGCCCUGUCUAGAUUCAACAAAGAUUUCCAAAAUAUAACUUCAAAGAAAAGGUCUCGAGCUGAAACAUUUUCUAAUGAACGUUCUAGUUUUAUGAUAUGUGAUCGAUCAGUCUUGGGAACAAGCACAGGCAAGGUUGGAGCUCAAGGUCAUGCAGUCACAGGUGGUUUUGAACAUGACCAGCUGAAGUUGGAAGAAAGAACCAAAAAUGUUCCUAACAAGCGCACUCGAACUUCUCUGGUUGAUGUAAGGAUGGAUAUACGGACUAAUUCUCUUGUCAGGCCAUCUGGGACUGAUAGAGAUAAAGAAAUGUUACGGAUUGUCAAUAGUAGUUCAAAUCAGGGCGAGGAACGAACUUUACCUGUUGGAGGUGAUGGGUGGGAAAAGUCAAAGAUGAAGAAGAAGCGUUCUGGCAUCAAACCAGAUGGGUCUCCAAAUACAGCAUUGACAAAACCUGUUAACCUUUUCCAGGAAACUAAACACGGAAUGCAACAAAGACUAGCCACUGAUACUCGUGCAAAAUUGAGUAAUGAUUCUCAUUCUUUCAGGUUGGGGGUCUCUAAUGGAACUGUUGGAGCUGGAAAAUCGGAUGGUGUUUCUCAACAAACAGGGUUGGGCAUACGUGUCUCUACCCCAAGAAGUGACCUAGAAAAUAAUUCUCCUAUUAGUGAUAGGCGUGAUCGUCCUGUUAAUUCAGACAAGGAAAGGGUGAAUUUCAGAGCUGUUAACAAGGUUGAAUUAGAUUCAAAUCCAAUUUCUAAUAUCCAUAAUUGUUCUAUACCAAGGGCAACUGUUCGUGAUGAAUUUAAUUCAGCAAGCCCUAAUUCAAGUGCAAAAAUGAAUACACCUAUUCGGGCACGACGAUCUGGUUCAGGAGUUGGUCCAAAGUCAUCACCAGGUGGUCAUAGAGCAGCUGUUCCGAAUGAUUGGGAGCCCUCACAUUGUAUGACCAAGCCCCCUGCCUGUGUUGGAACUAACAAUCGUAAGCGUGUGGCAUCGGUACGAUCAUCUUCCCCUCCUGUUGUCCACUGGCAGAGGCCACAGAAGAGCUCUCGUACUGCUAGAAGAACAAAUUUUGUGCCCACUGUGUCCAGUAAUGAUGAUUCCCCUGCUUUGGAUUCUGUGUCUGAUGUGACUGGUAAUGAUCUUGGCUUGGGAUUUGUUAGACGUUUGGUUGGUAAUUCUCCUCAGCAAAUUAAAUUAAAAGGUGAUUCUUUAACUUCAGCUGUGUUAUCUGAAAGUGAAGAGUCAGGGGUGGCUGAGAUUAAACCAAAAGAGAAGGGCAGGAAACCAGAGGAGAUAGAUCAGAAAGCUGGACAAAAUAUUCAAAAGGUUUCUAACUUGGUCCUUUCCUCAAGAAAAAAUAAGAUUGUAUCUGGGGAAGAACAUGGAGAUGGUGUUAGGAGGCAAGGUAGGACAGGGCGCAAUGUUCCUGCUGCCAGGUCACCAACGCCAAUGGCAUCUGAGAAGCUUGGAAAUAUAGGAACUGUAAAGCAACUUAGAAGUUCGAGACUAGGACAUGAGAAGAGUGAAAGCAGGGCAGGCCGUCCACCAACCAGGAAACUGUCUGAUCGUAAGGCAUAUGCGCGUCAGAAACAUACUGCAAUUAGCACAUCAGCAGAUUUUCUUGUUGGGUCGGAAGAUGGACAUGAAGAAUUAUUGGCUGCUGUAAAGGGUAUUACCAACUCUGCUCGUGCUUUUUCUAGCCAAUUCUGGAGGCAGAUGGAGCUUUUUUUUGGUUUGAUAAGUGAGGAGGAUAUUGCUUACUGGAGACAGAAGAUAAAUCUUGAAUCAAGUGGAUUGAUGCCAACUCCAGUUCCUUCAUAUAUAGAUGAUUGUGAAGCUGUUGCUAAUGGUUUUGGGUUAAUGGGCUGUGGAAGAGAUUUUGAACCUUGCGAUCAAAUGGGUGCUGGAAUUGUAGCAGAACAGUUACAACUAGCUAAAGGAGAGUCUAAUGGAAUUCCCCUCUGUCAAAGGCUAAUAUGUGCUUUAAUUUCAGAGGAGUGUAGCAGUGAAAGUGAAGAUAUAAAGUUUGAAGCAUGUGAUACUGAAUCUGAGGCUGAUGGAGAGUUGGAUUUGAGUAGUUUGGAUCACCAUUCUCGAUCUAAUUCUUAUCUUGGUUGUCAUUCUGCUUACAAUGGUUAUAGGAUAACUAAGACGGUGGGACAUGAUGAGAUUGAAAGUGAUAAAGUUGAUAUCUCAUCAACUGGGUUAAAUUCAAGGCAGAACAUGCCUAGCUUGAGCUGUUCAGAGUUGCAAUAUGCCACCUUGAGUAUGAAUGAAAAGCUUCUCUUGGAGCUUCAAAGUAUUGGAAUUUCCCCAGAAUCAGUGCCUGAAAUGUUGCAAGCAAAUGAUGAAGGAAUUUGUGAGGAUAUCAAUAGGUUAGAAGAGCAUCACCAAGGACAGAUGUCCAAGAGGAACUGCCUGCUGGACGGUUUAUUAAAAUCUGCUUCAGUGACAAAAGAAGUUCAAGAAAAGGAUUUUGAACAAAACGCUCUUGACAAACUCCUCAUGAUGGCUUAUGAGAAAUACAUGGCUUGUUGGGGUCCUAGCCCAUCAGGUGGGAAAAAUGCAAGCAACAAAAUCGCCAAGCAAGCUGCAUUGGGAUUUGUUAAACGAACAUUGGAACGAUGCCAACAAUUUGAAGACACAGGCAAGAGCUGCUUCAAUGAGCCUUUGUAUAAGGAUAUGUUUCUCGCUGCUUCUUCCCAGCUAAGUAUUAUUCAGCAGUUAGAUGGCAUGGAAGCUGAAUCUGCAAAACCUUAUGCUUCUUCCUUUUCUCUGGACGCAAGAAAUGGUUCCAUGAGUUCACAGCAGAACCCUUCACAAUUUAGUCAGAAUAUGAAAGAUCAUGAUCUCAAUUCAUCAGACAUUCCUCCUGUUGUAAAUGGUUCCUCUGAACAAACUAGUGGGAAGGAAGAUCAUUGGUCAAACAGGGUGAAGAAAAGGGAAUUGUCCCUUGAUGAUGUUGGCAGUACCAUUGGAAGUUCUCUAUCAAAUAGUACAAAAAGGAAGAGGAGUGAGAGAGACAGAGAUGGAAAAGGGCAGAACAGAGAAGUUCCAUCCAGAAAUGGUACUACUAAAGUUGGUAGGCCAGCAUUAUCUAGUGCUAAGGGAGAAAGGAAACUCAAAACAAAGCCUAAGCAGAAAGCAACUAAGCAUUCUGUUUCGGUAAAUGGCCUCCUAGGCAAGCUAUCAGAACAACCAAAAUCAAAGUCUAAUGAUAUGUCUAAUAACAGCAACAGCAAGGAGAAAGAUGAGUUUGGCAUGGGUGAAUACGAUGACCAUGAGCCUAUUGAUUUGUCGAACCUUCAACUACCUGGAAUGGAUGUGCUUGGUGUUCCUGACGAUAUCGAUGACCAAGGUCAAGAUAUUGGUUCAUGGUUGAAUAUUGAUGAUGAUGGAUUGCAAGAUCAUGAUUUUAUGGGGCUUGAAAUUCCCAUGGAUGACCUUUCAGACUUGAAUAUGAUGGUUCAGUUCUUCAGCAAGAUGCUGUUCAAGUUGUUUACUGGGCUUCAUCCAGCUGUUCAUGCAGCUUCCGGCUAUCUAUUGGCUGAUUUAUUAGCUGCAAUUCCAAAGCUAUUUGUAGAAGGUUGUGCUGAUGAACUUCUCAAGAUUGCAAGAGCAUCUUGUACUUGA